AUGAUCACUCGUGCUUCUCGGAUUUCUCGCUCCGCGGCCCUGCGUACCUUGACACGCAGCACCCGGUUUGCGUCGACCUACAAGUUUUCCUUCCCCGAUUCCCAUGCCAAAAUCGCCAAUCCCGUAGACACACCUGCCUUUUUGAACAAUGAGUUUGUUCCUUCAAAGGCUAGCAAAUGGAUUGAGCUGUACGACCCGGCCACCAACGAAUUGGUGACUCGUGUACCCCAAAGCACCCAGGAGGAGCUCACUGCCGCAGUCGACAGUGCUGCUGAGGCCUUCAAGACUUUUGGAAAGACCACUGCUAUUAGCCGCCAGCAGAUUAUCUUCAACCUCACUCGUCUUGUUCGUGAAAAUAUGGACAAACUUGCUAGUCUGAUCGUCAUUGAGCAGGGCAAGACCUUUGCUGAUGCCAAAGGUGACGUUUUGCGUGGAUUGCAGGUUGCCGAGGCUGCUUGCGGUGCUCCUCAAGACCUUACUGGCACUGUUCUCGAGGUUUCAAAGGGCAUGGAGACCAGAAUGUACCGUGAGCCUCUCGGUGUUGUUGCUGCUAUCUGCCCCUUCAAUUUCCCGGCCAUGAUUCCCUUGUGGAGUAUUCCCAUUGCCCUCGCCACAGGCAACUGCUUGAUUCUCAAGCCCUCUGAACGUGAUCCCGGUGCUGCUAUGUUUAUCGCUGAGCUCGCUCGCCAGGCCGGUGCUCCUGCUGGUACUAUCAACAUUGUACAUGGCCAGCACGAGACGGUGGAUUUCAUUCUCGACGAGCCCCGCAUCAAGGCAAUCUCGUUUGUUGGUAGCGACAAGGCUGGUAAGUACAUCUAUGAGCGCGGUACUGCCAAUGGCAAGCGUGUCCAGGCCAAUUUGGGCGCCAAGAACCACUGCGUCCUUGUUCCCGACGCCAACAGAAACCACGCUGUCUCCAGCGUUGUUGGUGCUGCCUUCGGUGCCGCUGGUCAGCGCUGCAUGGCUCUGAGUGUUCUUGUCACCGUUGGCCAAACCAAGGAAUGGGUCAACGACAUUGUAGAUGCUGCCAAGAAGCUCAAGGUCUCUGGCGGUUUCGAGAAGGACGCCGAUCUUGGCCCCGUCAUUUCCAAGCAGUCCAAGCAGCGUAUCAUCGAUAUAAUCAACCAGAGUGAGAAGGAGGGCGCCACAAUUGCACUCGACGGCCGUCAGUACACUGCUGAGGGCUAUCCUAAUGGUAACUUUGUUGGCCCCACCGUCCUUACUGGCGUCAAGCCCGGCAUGCGUUGCUAUGAUGAGGAGAUUUUCGGUCCGGUUCUUGUUGUCGUUGACGUCGAUACCGUCGAGGAGGCUACUGACUUCAUUAAUGCUAACCCUUACGGUAACGGCACUGCCAUCUUCACCCAGUCUGGUGCCAUUGCCUACCAGUUCCAGCGUGACAUUGAGGCAGGCCAGGUCGGUAUCAACGUCCCCAUCCCUGUGCCUCUUCCCAUGUUCUCUUUCACUGGUAACAAAAAGUCCUUCUUGGGUGACGCCAACUUCUAUGGUAAAUCCGGCACAUACUUCUUGACCCAGUACAAGACCGUCACUUCUUUGUGGCGCAGCGAGGAUGCCAAGCAGGUCGAAUCUGCUGUCAACAUGCCUACCCAGCACUAA